AUGAUUGCUACUCAGAUCGCAACUGUCGUCGCUCUCUCUAGCCUUGUGCUAGCAGUGCCUCCAAUCCAAAUUCACGGCGCCUCCGGUAGCGACUGGAAGAGCAAAAUCAAGAAUGUCGUGGUCCUCGUCGAGGAGAACAGGUCCUUCGAUACCUUCGCAGGCGGUCUCUCAUACAACCCCACCAUCAAUGGGUUAUUGCACCACAACUACUGCAAUUCUAUGAACGCUUCAGACCCGUCCCAACAUGACGAUGUCUGCGCCGGGCCCCGCGCCAAUGAUGUUGCAGCCGAUGACCCAAACCACAGCAUCAGCGGUGUCAACAUGCAACUCUUCAGCACAUGGCAUCCCGAUGAAGCCUUAGUCGAUGCUGGAUCUGAGCGCCAGAACAUGCGCGGCUUCGUCACCGAGCAAUCCGUUACAUACAAUACCUUCAACAAGACGCGUGCUGCGGAGGUCGUCAACUACUACACCCCGGAUCAAAUCCGUGUCUUUGGUGCCAUGGCUGAAAACUUCGUCCUCUUCGACCGCUGGUUUGCCUCUGUCCCAGGUCCUACUAACCCCAACCGUGCAUACCUCACUUCUGGAACUUCUCAUGGUCACGGAAAGAACGACAAUGCCUUCAAUGUCUACGGUCUCCCGCAACGAAGCAUCUUCCAGCAGCUGUCUGAAGCCAACAUCACGUGGAUGAACUACCAGAACUCCACCACUGGCCCAGGACUUGGAUUCAACCCCGAUGCCGCCUUCUACGAGUGGACCUACAAUUCUGGUGCCUACAAGACCAACAUUGCUCCCCUAGACCAGUUUUAUGCCGAUGCCAAGGCUGGCACCCUCCCAAAGUUCACCUACAUCAACCCGGAAUGCUGCGAGUACCAGUCUUUCCACCCUCCUUCUCCCAUCACUCUUGGAGAGAACUUCAUCAAGGGCAUCUACGAAGCCGUCCGCAACUCCCCUCAAUGGAAUGAGACCCUCUUCAUCCUGACUUUCGACGAGCACGGAGGUUUCGGUGACCACGUUCCUCCCCCGGUCAACGUGCCCGCCGGUGACGAUCUCACCUACACCGAGGUGGCCCACGACGGAAAGAACAUCACCUUCGACUUCAAGCGUCUGGGUGUCCGUGUCCCAACCCUCCUUAUCUCCCCCUGGGUUGGCAAGGGAGUCGUCGAACACAAGGGAUCAAACAACGGUGGCGAGUACUCCCACACCUCCAUCCUUGCUUUCUUGCAAGAGCUGUGGGGCUUGGACACCCUGACCCCCAGAGUUUCCUACUCCUCAACUUUCGAACAUCUGAUUACCGACAGCUACAGAGAUGACACGCCCGCUGAGCUGCCUAACCCAUACCCAUACAACUAA